AUGAAUUAUCAAAAUACAUCCAUAUUUUGAUUUGCGCUCUCAUUUAAAAGUUUUGCUCAUACAGACAGGCACAGGCAGCCAUCAUACCAUUUGUAGUACGCGACUGAAAUGGACGUGCGAAUCUGAGCAAUUAUUCAUGAAUUAUAAAUUUAUUUGGAUUCGUAAAUUAUAAAUUUAUGAAUUGUAAAUUUUAAUAAUUGACAUGAGGUUAUUUGUGUAGUAUAGUGUAGUAGUGUGCACUUGCGUGUCAUCUUUCAAGAAGCUAUUCAAUAUAGGCAAUGCUUGGCUAUGAGUCACCAGGAGUCAGCCGACGCUGAUCGUCACUUCCACGGACAGCCUUCGGAACCGGACGGAGACCACGGGCCACGCGACUUGCCGUAUCCGGACGAUUCCAAUUUACCUCAAGACGAACUGGCGACUCAAGACCAGGGUGAACAAAAAGAAACUUCUUGGUACGGGAAAAGCAGUUGUUUUCUGCCUACGAGUUUCUUUGAUCUACAAUCCAACAUAGACUUUUUGAACGAGUGCUGCCCUCUAAGUAUUCAAGUGGUCGAUUGCAAAGAGCAUCCCUGGUAUUAUAAGAAAUAUAACUUGUCCUACACACAAGAAAACAAAUUAAACAUGGAUAAUAAUUCCAGUGAAAACUUACAUAAUCCAAUUACCAUAGAUCUAACUGAUUAUACGUGCGACGGUUUUCUAAAUAAAAAUGAAAUGGUUAAUAUACCCCAUAAUAUUAUAUGCCAAUCAAAAAAUGUUGAUAAGAAACGUAAAAUUGUUCAAACAAAAAACAUUUCAUGUAAACGAUAUAAAAGCGAUGCAGAUUUAGCUCUUAGUCAAGCAAACGUAUCUAAAUUAGAUUAUAAUUAUAAACAUAAUACUGGUUUGAUAGGUUUAAAAGUCGUAUCAUCUGAGCAACUUAACAAUAUAUCAUCGAGCGCAAAUACAAAUAAAACCAAAUUCACCAAAGUGCCAAAACCGAGUAAAUGCAAAACGGCCAAAGCUCGACCAAAGCCUAAACCAAUAGAAAAAAAUGAAACCAUUACCUCUGCUUUAAAACUUUUAAGAAAUUUAGGGACUACAAUUCACACUGUAACUAAUAUAAACACUGAGAGUAGUGGAGCAAACCCAACCAAUGGCAAUGCAAGCAAAAUAGGCUUUCUGAAGACUACAACAUGUGCUAAGCCUAAAUCAAAAGAAAAAAAUGAAACUUUUACCUCAGCUUCAGAAACUUUGGGGACUACAGUUCAACAGGUGGUUAAUAAAAACCUCGAGAAUGAAAGAAACCCAACCAGUAGAAAUGAAAACAUAAGCCUACCUAUUCUUCCCGCUACUAUAACAUGUGCUAAGCCUAAACCAAGAGCAAAAAAUGAAGCUGUCGUAACCGUUUCAUUAGCAGAAACGUUGGGGACUACAAUACAACCGGUGGUUAUUAAAAACCCCGAGAAUGGAAGAGACCCAACUAGUAGAAAUGCAAGCAUAAGCCUACCUGUUCUUCCUGCUACUAUAACAUGUACUAAGCCUAAACCAAAAGCAAAAAAUGAAACUGUUACCACAGCUUCAGAAACGUUGCGGACUAUAAUACAACCGGUGGUUAAUAGAAACCUUGAAAAUGAAAGAAACCCAACCAGUAGAAAUACAAGCAUAAGUCUGCCUAUUCUUCCUGCCACUAUAACAUGUGCUAAGCCUAAACCAAAAACAAGAAAUGAAACUGUUACCGCAGCUUCAGAAACUUUCCGGACUACAGUUCAACCGGUGGUUAAUAAAAACCCUGAAAAUGAAAGAAACCCAACCAGUAAAAAUGCAAACAUAAACCUGCCUAUUGUUCCUGCUACUAUAACAUGUGUUACUCCUAAACUAAAAGAAAAAAAUAAAACUAAUACUUCAUCUUCAGGAACUUUGGGGACUACAGUUCAACCGGCAGUUAAUAAAACCCCUGAGAAUAAAAGUAACUCAACUACUGGAAAUGCACGCCUGCCUGUUCUUCCUGCUACUGUAACCUGUUCUAAGCUUAAACCAAAAGAAAAAAAAAAUAAUAUUACCGCAGCUUCAGAAACUUUGCGGACUAGAGUUGAACCGGUGAUUAUUAAAAACCCUGAAAAUGGAAGAAACCCAACCAGUAGAAAUGCAAACAUAAGCCUGCCUGUUCUCCCUGCUACUACAACUUGUACUAAGCCUAGCCCAAAUGAAAAAAAAUAUUACAUUACCUCAGCUUCUGAAAGUUUAGGCCUUUUAGGCACUAUAGUUCAACCUAUGGACAAUAAGAACUUAGAAAACAGAGCAAACCCAACCAAUGGAAAUGUCAGAAUUAGCAAUAAUGAAACUCCUGUAUCUCCAAGUAAUUCAGCAGUUAAGUCACGUCAAAAUAAUAUUUUUAAGAGAAAAAAACAAAAAAAUAUGCCUACUAUAUCUCCAGUUUACAUAGCACAUUACAAAAAAUAUUUGGAACUUAAUCAUUCAAGUGCUUCAUUGAUUAAAAAUAAUCUUAAUGAACAAUCGAAGAAUAAUUUAAUUAAACAAACAACCCCUACGAGUAUCGUAGAGAGAGAUUCGACUAAUGUAGUUGCUGCAAGUGGCUCAUUUAGAUCCAAUUCUCCAAUAUUACCAUGCAAUAGUAAUUCAGAACUUAAGCAACUACUAAGAAAAGAUAUCCGGUAUACUAAAGUCGCAAAAGACAUAAAUGCACACUCGAUGAAACCAACUGUUACAAAUAAUGUAGUUUAUAAAAAUGAAAAUAUUAUUAUUACAGUGCCAAGCAAUUCCAAAAAUUCUCAGAAGCAGCCGCUGCCAAGUGAAUUAGAUAAAUUGACAAAAGGAAAUGGUGAUGAUAAUGAUGUGAACAAUAUUGAAGCAUCUAAAACAACUCUCCAUAGUGCAAUGUCUAAUGAUAAUAUGAAUUCUAUUACUAAAGAGAGGAUGAAUCCAGCUAAUAAAUUUAAGUUAACACCUUCAAAGAAAACCGAUCUGACAAAUUCUGAUAAACAUAUUUAUGACAAUAAUAACGCAAUGUCAGCCACUUCCAACAAUCAGUAUCACACACAUAAUGGAGCUCGAAAACCUAGCUUAAUAAAUCAUAACAGCAACAUCAUUCAUAAGUCUACUUGCAAGUCAAAAUCUUCCAACAGAUCCAAGACUCUGCCCGUUCCCAAUUCCCCUAUAGUUGAUGUUAAUAAAAUUGCAAAGUCUACCAGCACUAUGAAACACCCAGGCAACUUGUUUGACAUACAGGAGCAAAAAACCGGCUCUAACAUGAAUGAGAGCAUUAGAGCAAAUAUGAAUACGAAUGAUAGCGCAAUUAAUGGACAGGCUAUUUAUCAGCAGAACUUUGCUACAACUGUUACAAAUAUACAAGUGCCAAAUCAGGGAUUGCAACCAGGAAAGAUUUCUAAAACCGAGCCCUCAAACAAGAAUUCUGCAGCUCCAGCAAAUAAUAAAACUCCUGUAUCUGUGAACAUGCUAAACCAACCGAAAUUUUAUAGCCAUGAUAUUACAGUAAAUGGAUCCCCGAAUAACUUUACACGCAAUCACACAAAUGUCACUCAAUCAGCUGUAAAUAUAGGAUAUCCACAUAUACCUUACACUGGAGGGCAUCCCAUUUCACACCUUCCAAAUCCGUCUUAUCCACCGCCCCCUCUGCAGUACCCACCGCCCCCUCUGCAGUGCCCCCCGUCCCCUCUGCAGUGCCCCCCGCCCCCUCUGCAGUGCCCCCCGCCCCCUCUGCAGUGCCCACCGCCGCCGCCACCGCCGCCGCCUCCAACUCCACACGUUACGUCGCUGCCACCGCCGCCAUUACCUCCUCAGCACCUACUAACGUCACUCCAGCCUCUGUGGUUCACACAUCCCCCUCCACCUAUACCAGAUCAAUAUCAAAACAAAAACCAACCACAAAUCUAUGGCAACAAACCUGUUGGAGAAAUCGAGAAAAAUGAAACGAAUCUGCCCAGAGACGUUAACACUAUUGGGAGUCGUAAUGUGCCCACAAUAUUAAAACGUAAUGAUGUAAUUAUUACUCCUAUAAACAACAACAAUUUAACAUUUGAAAACCAGCAUGUAGAAGCGAAAGUUGCUGAUACAACUUUGAAACAGUCAACGAAUAGUAGCAAUGUAUUACUUCGUAAUGGUGAUAAUAUGCCUAAUAUUGAUAAAAGUAAAACAUCGAAACCUGGCCCUCUUUGCAUGAAGAAUAAGACAGGACCUUUCGCCGUCAAAAAAAUGUGUCUCGACCCAAACACAAUGGCACAGUCACAUGGUCCUCAGCCAAAUAGAGGCUACUCUCCGGCGCUAAGUCCGGAAAAUGAAAUAUUGGCAAGACUACAGGCACAAAUGAACCCAAUGUUAUUUCCCAAUGCUGACACAAAUACACCCACAAAUUCUAGAGCGCCAAAAAGCUUUAAAGGCCAAGCAAAGAAAUCUGCUAGGAAAUGUGAAAAUACGUGCAAGUCACCUAAAUCGUUAAACGAUAUCGUCAACAUGAGACAAGAGUAUGAAAUUUAG